UCUAGCUGCUCACAUUUGCCAUUUUGAGAUAACGCUUCUUAGUGAGUGAAAUGUGAAGAGACAGAGACACCUAGUGGACUAAAUCUAUUACUACAACAACCUGUCUAACCAUGAAACAGCGCCUUGUAGAGUGAAAGUGAAACCAAGCGGAAGUGUAACUGAUCAGUUAGCAACAGCAGGCGGGUAAACAUGGCUGAAAACACUGGUGUUGGUCAGGCUUCGUGUUCGCAGUUGUGAUGGAGACCGACUCCUGUGAGGACGACAGGACGGUGGUUGUGUCCGGUGUGGUCGACGUGCUGCCCGUCAGCAGGAUGAUUGACAAGCUGACUAUUCAUUUUCAAAGCUGCAGGAGGAGUCACGGAGGAGACGUCGAAGUCGUCAGAUAUCCCACCAACAUGGACGGAGUCGCGUUUGUAACUUUUGACCAAGCUAAAGCAGAACAGUACAAACUCUUGGCAGAUGCAGAGAGGGUGGUGCGAAAGGAGCAGCAAAUCAUGGUGGAUGACGAGUUUCCUGAAGAGUAUCUUCUCACCGUGUUCCCCUUUACCCGAGAUGUGUAUCUCUAUGUCCCGAGUGCAACAAUCGAUCUCUCCAUAUUUGGCAGCAAACAAGCACUACUGAUUCAGAGUCUGCGGGCAGCUCACAGGUCACUUCGUUUCCAGCCUUUUCUUCAUGACAGGAAAGCCACCAUUGAGGGGCCUUUCACUGCCGUCCAGGCCCUGCGAGAGGACCUCAUCCGCAGGGCCAGCCAGCUUAAAUCCACAGUCUCAGCCCAAACUGCUGCCGUCAAACUAAGAGAAAGUCCUCUUAAUCCAAGGGCAAUAUCACAUCACGAGUCUGUCAGCUCUGUAAGCUGCAGCGGCUCUAAGGCUAAUCAGGAACCAGUGCGCUCAAACGGCUUAUCAACGCCACUGCAGACCACAGGUGAGGCGACUGAAGUCCAAAGCCUGCUCUCAUAUGCAAAAACCCAAAUGUCUGCCACCAGGCAAAAAGUUUCCUAUGAGAGUUUGGAUGCAAGGAGUCUUUGUGACACAGAGAGUAAUGAAGAGGAGAAGCUGGGAGCUCAGUCCAGCUUCAAAAUGCCCAAACCCUCAUGUGUAAUCACACUGGAAGAAACAGGAUCUUCACAAAGCACUACAGAAUACAGAACUAAUCAAGCUACUAAGACCAACCCCAGACAAGUGUUCAGGGAGCCCGAGAUCAAUGCAGAGAUUAGAUCUUCCUUAUCACGCCUGGUCCGGCUCCCUGCGGAGGAAAUAUCAGCAAAACAGCCCGGAGUAGACGGUAUUUCACAAAAACACACCACACUAGACAGGAUUUCAGCAACCAAGACCAGAGGAGAGAAUCAUUUGGGGUCUGGCUACAGCAGCACUGACUAUCUGAUGGAAUCAGAUCAGAGCAGCUCAGCAGUCACCGCUAAGCUCCUCCAGACCAUAAUGAAAGAUGUCUCGAUGUCCUCGGAGACAAACGCUGAGGAUACAAGAGAGCUGUCUAUAGUCCGUCCAGAGGAUCUGAAAGAUAAAUGCAUCUGGGUCGACUCCGACACAUUCAGAUACAUAAAAAAAUUAGAAAGGAAGGAGUUGAACAGAUGCUUGAGAGGCCUUGAUGCAUCCGUUGAGUGUGUUGAAGGAACAGACCUCACUCAGAUAUUGUUGACUGGGAAGCAAAACUCCAAGACAGCCUCCAGGGUCCAGCACGGUUUGGAAGAGCUCGAGACUUUGGCGGAGUUUUGGCAGUCAAGCUUAAGAGUUCAUUGGAUCCACUUUGAUGAAGAUGAGCAGCCUGAGAAAGAGAAACUGAUUCAGAUCUGCAAUGAUGUGAAUUUCCUGUUUGAUGAUGUUCUUUACAUGAUCGAGGAUUGUUCCAUAAAAGUCAUCGGCCCUUCGGUAUCUAGUUACCUGUUCUAUAGGAGAGUGAAGGAUAGAAUUACUAAACUGACAAACACAUUCCUGUGAGCCUGAGGUACAAGAAUGUUAUAACUGUACCAAAAGGAAAUUAAUGCACUUUUAUUAAUGACCACAGGGUGGUGCAGUUGUGCUGCACAUUGCCUUUACAAAAGCAGCUUGUGACUGAAGUCUUUAGUUACAUUACAGCCACACGGCUUUAUUAAAUGUGUUAUGUUCUCACACAGUUGGUUGUAAUUUGUCAUUUUUAGGCUAAUCACUAGAACAAUAGAAGAUAUGUAUCUGUAACACAUCUUCCUCAAUUACUCAGAAAAGUCAGUGUAGACAUGUUUAGGUGCCUGAUUAAAUUUAAAUAAUUUUUUUAUUCCUA